AUGGCAAAGGCUUCAAGCUCGGCAUCGGCACCUGAGUUUCGAGCGUGUGUGGAGUGCCGGAAACGAAAGAGCAAGUGCUCUGGGGCCCCGCCAUGCUCGUACUGCGCUCGGAAUCGAAAGUCCUGUAUCUUUGGCCGCGCACCUUCUCGGACACCACUUACGCGAAGGAACCUCGAUGAGGCACAACGCCGCUGCGUAGGUUUGAUUUCGCUGCUCCAAAAGUUGAACCCCGACUUGGACAUCGAUGAAGCAUUGGACACAGUUACAAGAAAUCCUGAAAUGGUCUCUGGGUAUCCACAUGCUAUGCCUCAUGGCGGCGAGUCUGACCAAGAAAGUCACCUUUCAUCGGACCGAUUUGAGUGGAAUGAGGCUUCAUUGGCCUCCCCAUCGCGGAUACCAAAAGAGGCUCCCGAUGGAAUGGCAUCCUUGCCAACAACAAGAACAGAGUCAGGCUAUCUUGGAAACAGUUCAGGGUCUAGCAUUCUGAGAACUAUCUCGGACUUGCUCCAAGACCAUUCCAAUCUGCAAAGUACUCAGCAGGAACAUAUCUCUCCUGCAAACGUUAGCCAAACGGGAAGUCCUUCUCUAUCAGCCCACCUAGCCAAUACUGCCGUCCUGGAUCAGCUCGUCGAUGCUUACUUUAUGUGUUAUAACACCUCAUUCCCGAUUCUGCAUGAGAGCACAUUUCGAGAAAAGUAUCAAAAUCGUCAGCAGAUUCAUACCCGCUCUAGCUGGCAUCCAAUAUUUUAUAUUGUUUUGGCCAUUGGAGACUGGGUGCUUACUGAUGGAUCAGAGGCUGAGCAAUCAAGAUACUAUACAGCCGCAAGAUCACGCAUGUCGAUGCGCAUGCUGGAAUCGGGAACCCUUCUCACUGUCCAGGCUUUUCUUCUAAUGGGCAACUACCUCCAGAAGCGAGAUCGGCCGAACACGGGUUACAAUUUUAUUGGAAUUGCAUACCGCAUGGCCCUAGGGCUUGGGCUUCAUCGCGAACCAGCAUCAGGAACGACAGCAGAUACCCUGUUCAAUGAACGUCAAAGAGUCGUCUGGUGGAUUGUCUAUUGCUUCGACAGCGGGUUCAGCUUGACAACCGGCAGACCGAUCAUGGCAUCUGACUCAUUCAUUGAAACUCGUCUUCCCCGGAAUAUCGACGACUCGGCUUGUACAAUGGACUCCUUGCUUCCUCCACCGACAGAGCGACCAACCAUCUACUCUGCUAUAAUCGCUCAGGCACGACUGGCAUCUAUCGGAAACGUAGUCUACAACGGCCUGAUUUCCGUUCCCAAUAAAAGGACAUUUAAUCUGAAGACUUCGCGAUCGAUUGAAUACCAGUUCAAGGCUUGGAAGCUAUCACUUCCGGCCUAUUUCACAGGCCAGGAUGUGCCGAAAUGGUUCCGGGGUCCCCGUGCAAUAGUCGGCUGGAAAGAACAAAACCUGCGCAUGAUGCUCUGGUGGGCGAGUCAACGCCUCUGCACCUCAUCGUCUGAUCGCGAUGAAGCACAGAACAUAUGCCAUUUUGCUGCAGUGGAGACUAUCCAAGACAUCACGACUUUCUGUCUAGAUUUCCCCGACACACUCCACACAGGUCUCAGUUGGUAUGCCACAUACUUCUUAUUCCAGGCCGCUGUUGUCCUCAAUACCCGCCAUCUUCGGCCUCUACAGCCAGGGGACACCGGGUUAGCCCCGGUGGAUCAGGAGCUAUGGAUAUUUUCAAUUUCGAGGGCCCACGACUGCUUGGCCAAUCUGGGCCGAACGAACAAGGCUGCAACACGAUGUCUAGCAGUGCUGGACAGAAUAAAAGACCAAUCCCAGCCACCCCAGGCCAUUCCAUCAAGCCCGGCAACGGGUUCCCCUGCCAAUCCUCCAGAGUCCAUGCCGCUGGACGCCGUGUCUGAAGAAGCAGAUAUUCACUCGGCACCAUUUGCUGUUGAUCCCUCGCUGCAAAUCUUCUUUGAAAAUACCUCAUGGGACAAAGAUAUUUUUGAGGGCCUCCACGGAUUUCCCAGUACAGAUGAAGUGGAGUCAUUCGACUACGUACCGUCGAAUACCGUGGCCGCCAACACCGGCCAGGGAUGGCUGAUGCCUACGGACCCAAGCUUAGAACCGAGUUGA